AUGUCGACGCGUCGUGACAAAACUUCACAACAACCAGACAAGGAAGACAAGCAACGAGUACGAACUCCAGCGAAUGAAAGAGAUGAUCAUUCACCAUCAGGAGAUAGACUAAUUAUAGAUCAAGGUUCUGACGAAGAUUGCGAUGCAGCAAACAAUCGAGAACAAUCUGAGGAACCCAAUCGAUCCAGUGCGUCACUAUAUCCAAAAAUACCGUUCAGAAAAUGUUCGAAUUGUGGCGCAUCAAAUAUGCAUAAUGAGAAUGCAGAUCAAACUGGUGAGACAUUGCAAGAACACCAUGACAAUGCUUCAACUAUUCUACAAACACAUAUUCCAGCUUCUAAUGAGCUUCCUACUUCAUCAACGUCACAAAAUAUGUCUCAAACAAAUUUCAAUAAAGGACAGUCAUCAGUGAAUGAAAAUGCUCCUAGAUCGAUCGAUUCUGAAUCAAUACCAUCGAUUAGUACAAAAACUUCCAUUACACACAACAAACCACCACCUGUAAAAAUAAGAAGAUCGAUUAUUUCUAUAGUAGAAUUCGAUACAGCUUCACAGGAUGAUUCCUCAACAGCAAAUGAAAUCGAAUUGAGCAAGCCAUCACUCGCAUCAGUGGCGGAAGUACGCGAUGGAGAAGAAGAUAAUAAUACAACUGACAAUUCGGGAAGCCCCAUUGGAGCCAUUCAACCUAGAAGAAAAAAUCAAUCCUCAUCUACUCAUUACUCACAUGACGACAUCAAACAAAAUGAUUCACAUCCACCUAUGUUCGCUACUCAAUCAAAUAAUGAAUUAUCAAGUGAAGAUGAAGCCUAUAUUGCCUAUAUACCUCAUUUACCUUCUAAUGAAGUUACAGAUCAGGAACUUGAGACGAUAAUUCGGCAUACAUUAGAUCGCCAAUAUAAAUUACACGUGAUCGAUAUUAAAUGUAAUAGUCAAUUCGAUGUUGGUGUUAUGUAUCUAAAAAAUAAAGAAGAUAAAGAUAAAUUAGUAAAUACUAUUUGUCAAACAUCAAUUACAUUAAACUCAGAUGAAACAAUAUCAUUUACUAAUGAAUUCGAAUUAGAUGUCUAUGUGGUUGUGACAUCCAAAGAUAAUAGUGAUCUUCCACGUAGCAAACAUGUGCGUCAACAAUGGAUGCAGAUCUAUAAUGGUAACUCCCCAUUGAAAUGUAAACGAUUAUCGAGUCAAUUCCCAAAUAUAUUUAAAAUAAUAAUAGAUAAAGUUGAAGAAUUAUUUACAAUUACAUCUGUAAAAGAGUUCCAAAUCGAACAUCAAACAGCCAUCGUUUAUUAUCACGCAGAUUGUUGUUUUUUCGAUACUGUACCACAACAUAUUACGGAGAAGGACUUAUACGCGGCAAUAUUUAAAGAAAUAUCUCCAGUUAAUCGAUCAAAAACACGUAUUCAUGUUUCUUUGGAUAUACAAGAAGGCAGUGCUGUUGCAUUGAUAUGUAAUUCAUCUGUAAGAUGUACUUCAAUAAAUUUGGAUGGAAAAGUAUUUAAAAGGAAAGAUCGUCUUUCAUAUUUUCUUCGACUACAUUCAGUACCUUCGCAUAUACUACCAACACAUAUCGAAGCUCAAGAGAUUUUUAAUGGUACUAUUAUCAAAAUUGAACCAAGUGACAAUGAUAUCAUUGUUGAAUUGUCGAGUAAGAGUGUUUAUGAAAAAUGCUUAGAACAACGUGUUUUACGUAUGGAUAAUCAUACUAUUAAUAUUACAAGUAAUUCUUAUUCAAGCAAAAAUACAGAUGACGAUAUUAAUAAUGUCAAUUGGUAUGAAACAGAAAUGUUAGAUGGAAAAUCAAAUAUUAUGCAGUUUUUUACUCAACCUGAACAUCGAAUUUUCGGAUUAAAAUGGGAUUGUCAAGCAUUUUUAGAUCAAUUUCAUGGUCGAUCGUCGGAAAAUAACAAUCAUCAAGAAACAAUAAGUAAUGAAAAGCGACAUUCGUUACGAAUGACAGUAAUGUUAAAUACAAUUGGUAUAGUAGAAAAAGGAAAUUAUUCUAUAGAUAAUAAAAAAAUUCAAUUAAAACCAAAUCAAUUAAAUACUAUAGUCUACGAUCAUCAAUCGAAAUUACAACAAGAAAUAACAUUAUCAUCAUCUAUUGGAAUUGAUUAUCCAUAUGAAUCAACAUCUGUUCAAGUAAUAAAUGAAGAUUGUUUAAUUGUUCACGAACAAUUGCUUUCUCGAGGUUACAAUCCAUUACUUCUCAAUAUGGCAAAUGCAUACUCACCAGGUGGCGGAUAUCGUAAAGGUGAUGGUGCACAAGAAGAAAAUAUUUUUCGCCGUUCGGAUUAUUAUCGAAGUCUUGAUAUAGAACUCGAUGCUGGACAACCAACUCCUAGAUUUUAUUGUACAUCAAGAUGUCAAUUGGAACAACUUACUACUAAUCAAAAAAUGUAUCCAAUGGAUGAAUAUGGAGCAAUUUAUACAUCAGGAUUAACAGUAUUUCGUCAACCUGAAGAUACAGGUUAUGCUUUUAUGGAACAACCUAUGUUCAAUGUUUGUGCUAUCGCUAUAGCUGCUUAUCGAAAUCCAAAACUAGAUCAUAAAAGUUUUCUCACAUCAAAAUAUAUGAUUGGUACACGUAAGAAAAUUGAAACAAUCUUUGCUAUAGCUAAACAUCAUAAACAUGAUUGUCUGGUUUUAUCUGCAUUUGGUUGUGGUGCUUUUCGAAAUCCACCUAAACAUAUUGCAUUGAUUUUUAAAUCAGUCAUCGAACAAUAUGCAGGAUUUUUUAGAAAAAUUUGUUUUGCAAUUAUUGAUGAUCAUAAUACUGGUCAAGAUUUAAAUCCACAUGGAAAUUAUCGACCAUUUCAAGAUAUACUUCAUAAUUUAAAAGUUAAACCUAUGAGACAUAUAACUGUUAAUAUGAUGAUCGGACCUUGGCGUAUAUUAAAUAUAGCCAACAACAAAGAAAUUAAUUUAAGUGAUGUUAAAAUUUGUGAUUUAUCUCCAUGUCAUUAUGGAGGUCAAUGUCGAGAUUUAGAAAAUAACCAACAUUGUCAGAAAUAUCUUCAUCCACCAUUAUGUCCGCUAAUGGAUAGUUCAGGAAUAUGUCAAUUAAAUAAUGAUGAUGAUCAUAUGAUUUUAUUUACACAUCGAAUUAAGCACUCAAAUGCAUCUAAUAGUCGUAAUGAUGAUCAUUCAUUGUUACCAGUUUGCCCAUGGACACCAUUUCAUUGUCGACAAUAUAUUUUACUAUCGGAAUCGACCAAUAUUGCUUCAUUAUCAUCAGAUGUACAAAAUCAUUGUCGUGAAUUUCGACACAUCUGUCGAUUUGGUCGUCAAUGUCAUGAAACAUCGAGAUUACAUCGUGAAACAACAAUUCAUAUUGCACGUGAUAUAUGUCCCGACGGAAAUAAUUGUUCAAAAAUCAAUCAAGAGAAUCAUCUGUAUUCAUUUACACAUUUAGGUAUAGCAGACAUUCGUCGUCUAUGUUAUUAUAUUGGAUCUGAGUGUUCAGAUCGAGAUCAAAUUAAACAUCUUACUCGAUAUCGACAUCGUGGAAAUUAUGAUCAUAGUAGUGUUAUUCCAUACAAUGGACUCAAUAAAGAGAUAGUUUUUAUUCAAAAUCAACAAGAAAUAAUCACAACAAUUCAUCGUUAUGCUGAAUCUUUGAAAUUUAAAACUCCACUUUCUAUUUCACGAUCAAUCAUUAAAUGUAUGCAAAGUUUAUCACCGAUUUAUCAAUGUUCAAAAGAAUUAUUUGAAUUAAUACUUCUUCAUGGUCAUGUUAUGUCGACUGAAUAUAUAAAACAAUUAAUGGAUUCACGUGUAGUAAUUCAAACUAUUCAACAAAAUAAAUUUAUUCAGAAAAUUAUUAUUUCAAAUCAAAAUCAAGCAAAUGAAGAUCAUAUUAAUAAUUAUAUUCAAGCUAUUAGCUGUGCAGAAUUUAAUAAAAGACUUCAGCGAUCUUCAUCUUCAUCACCUGAAGAAAACUUCAAUGAUACAAUUCGUACAGAAGAGAAAUUUCUAAAAAGUAUAUUAACUCGUAAUGAAAUCGAUAAGAUUCGUGAUUUUACUAUACAAAUGAUCGAUGCAGUACUAAAUCUUUCAAAGAAUAUUGACGAUGCAUUCGAAAAACAUAUCACAGCAAUUUUAGCACCAAAUCUACAUCAUAAUGUUGAAGAUAUUGUUCUAGUAUUUAAACGAGAUGUUUUAUAUCAUCCUGAUGCAAAUGUAUCGAUUCAAUCAAAAAAUUCAUUCUUAGAUGGAACGACUUUUAUUGAGCGACCAUGGAUUAAAGAUUCAGGAACAUCGAAAAAACGGCUUGAACAAUUUCAUAAAUCGUUAUUACAUUGUUCCAUUCAAGGAUAUGAUUAUGCUUUAGCAUCCGAACUAUUAGCUAUAACUGAAAUUUACAUACCACAUACACUUUAUACUUCUCUUUCAUCAGCAGCUCAACUGUCAGCGAAAACUAUAUUUGGCGAUUCAUUACAUAUUACACCGCGCAAUGUAAAUCAAUACCAGGACUAUGUGAAAGAUGAUUUGAUGAAGAAACUUAUUAAAAAUAUUGAACAAGAAGUGUCAUUAUGUGGUAGUAUUAUUACUUUACCACCAAGCCAUUUGAAGAAAUAUACUAUUCUUCCAUUUACAUUAGCAGAUGAUUCUGUAUCUGAUGAUAUUUUUAUUUAUUGGCAAUCGAUGUAUGGUGAUAUGAUGUUGGUAUUAUCAAAUGAACCGAUUGAUACUUGUAACAUUUCUCGAUCUCUUUUAUGCUAUAUUGCAGAAACACCAUCAACAACAAUAAAUGAUUAUUGCGAAUCAUUUUCAUAUUUAAAUUUUGAUGAUCCAUUGCAACAUGAAACUAUUAUGAAUAAACGUUCUUUUCUGGCAUCUUCAAGUACAUUUCAUCGUGGAUGUAAUCUUGAUGAUUAUUUGACAUACUGUUUAAAAUUGAAGAAAUCUACCGAUGAAGUAACAUUAACACAUGCUGGACCGAAUAGUAUUUAUAAUGAUGAAAAAAUAUCGUAUAAAUUCAUUAAAUCGGAUCUUGAUUUGAAUGAAUUAGUUUAUGUUCAAAUUAGUGCUAAUUCACAGCAGGUACCUAUUCGAAAUUUUAUGGUUUGUUUUAAACCAUUACACGAUUUACAUCCACAUUUUGAAAAAGAUUUUCAACCAACGAAUAGUUCUUCGAAUCAAUCCAGAGCACAUCAAUUAAAUCGUCCUCAUUCUCCACCAAUACCCAGAAAUGACAAGCCAUCGAAUGUUUUCUCUCAAAGAGCUCAUUCUGAUCGGAGCAAACUAAGUCUCUGUCGUGAUUCAGUUAAUUGUCUUCGACAAACAUCAAACGAUCAUUGUAAAAGAUAUUCUCAUCCUUGUCGAUUCUCGGAAGUAUGUUUAAAUAAAGAUAAUGAACCUCAUUUGACCCAUGAAGUACGUCGAGUCGAGAAGUGUCCAUUGGAUAAAUCGUGUAAACGUCUCGGCGAUCCUUAUCAUCGAGCAGAAUAUCGACAUACAGAUCUUCCUGACUUUCUUUUUCCAUGUCGCGAUCAAACGCAUUGUGCUCAACGAUCAGCUGAACAUCAUCGAAUAAAAUAUUCGCAUGGUGAACAGGUUAACAUAAGUUCGUCUUCAAACGCAUCAAGAAAUGAUCAUGCAACGCCUACUGAACAAACACCAUGUCGAUAUGGAUCAAGAUGUCGCGAUCAACACAAUCCUCAGCAUUGUUCGAAAUAUUCUCAUUCAUCUGGACAACAGCCAUUAUCACAACGAUUCGAUGAGUGA